CCGGCCGUUGGAGGCGGCUCCGUUUCUUUUAUCCAUCUCUCGUCUUUUGCUCGUCUUAUGACCUCCGGCCGGCGAUGGACACCUGCAGGCUGCCCGUCGAGGUCAUCGCUUACAUCUUGAGCUUCCUGCCUAUCUCUGAUAGAAAAGAGGCAUCUCUGGUUGACCGAACCUGGUAUUUUGCAGCCCAAGACUCUCUGCGACAGGAGAAUGUCCUCUACAACAUCCCAGCUACCUCCGCUUCCCUCGGCACCAUCCGGGCCUUGGCCCAAAGGCACGUAUGCAACGUCAAGAUGGCAAACCUGGACAGCUCUACGACUUCCCGGGAUGUUGUCAAAUGCAUUGCCAACCACCUGGGCCCCCAUCUGCGCAGUCUCUGCCUGAACGGCAGCUGCCUGACCGAAGCCAGCUUUGAGGAGCUCCUACUGGCUUGCCCCAGCCUCGUGGCCCUGGACCUGAGCAGUUGCAACAGCAUCUUCAUGUCCGGCACCCUGCUGUCCAAAAAAGAGACUUUAUUGCAAGCCCAAGAAACGCUAGCCAAUUUGCGGGAACUGAACUUGUCCAGCGUGAGGUACUUGUCCGAUCUCACGUUCAACCGCCUGGCCAGCUGUUGUCCCCAGCUAGCCAAGCUGGUCCUGGCCCGCUGCCACCUUACCUUUGAGUUCGAUAGCUACAGUGGCUCCCACGACUACAACUCCUCGGCCCUGCUGUCUUUCCGCAACCUCCUGCACUUUCUCAGCCAGCGAGCCUCUUGUGUGAAGUCUCUGGAUUUGAGCGGCACCAACAUUAACAGCCAGGCGAUGAGGACCCUGGUCCAAGUGGAGAACCUGCAGCUGCAGGAAUUCAUCUUGCAGGCCUGCCGGGAUCUGACCAACGAGGCGGUAAGCAUCCUGUGUCAGCACCAGCCUCAUUUGACCACGCUGGACCUCAGCGGCUGCUCUGAGCUAUCAGACCGGGCUGGGCUAGCCAUCAAUUCCCGGCUUCUAGAUCUUUGGUGCCUGCGCCUGGGGAAACUCCCACGAAUGACCGAUGUUGGCUUCCAGGGAAUGUCACACCUGAAGCAUCUCCAGAUCUUGGACGUGUCUGAAUGCAGUCUGGUGAGCUGCAGUGAGUUCGUGAAAGCUUUUGGCGCUAACACGAGACCUCCUAAGCUGAAAUCUUUCAAUGCUGCCUUUUGUUCAUUACUCAGGGACAGCACAGUGCUCUCUCUGGCCGAAGCUCUAAGCAAGAACCUUCGGGUUUUGGAUCUGUCGUCUUGCGUGUCGCUUUCUAACCGGAGCGUCCAAGCCAUCGCUUCCAGUCUUUUACUCUUGACUGUCCUUCGCUUGGCCUGGUGUAAAGAACUGACCGAUUGGGGCUUGCUGGGGAUCGAGGAGCCCAGAGAGGAGCGUGAAAGCGCCAAAGAGAAAGACGCUGGCCCAAAGUUCAGCAGGAACUUUGGCAACAUGGGGUUUUUCCUGCCCCCACCCCAGGAUCUGGAGCAGGAUAAAAUGAUGGUCAUUAAUCUCAACCAACAGAAGGCCCAAGAGCAGCGCCAAACCUCUCUGAACGCCUUGACCCGUCUGCAAGAGCUGGAUCUGACUGCCUGCGGGAAGCUGACGGACAUGAGCAUAGCCAAGGUUAUUAGCUUCCCAGAUCUUCGCUACCUCUCCCUCAGCCUCGUACCCAACAUCACCGACACCAGCCUCCUCGCCAUCGCGCGCAACUGCCGGAGCUUGGAGCACCUUUCGCUGAGCCACUGCACAAACCUGACGGACAGAGGCUUUGCCGAGGCAGCUGGAUCUUUGUGCAGGUUGCAGCAUCUCGUUCUUUCCGGCUGCAACCAGCUGACGCCCAGACAUUAUCUGACAAAGGAGAUGGGGAACGGCAAGCUUGCUGCUGAGCUUUCUUUGCGGCGGUGGGUGGAGAACAAAGACAACCAACAUCAUCAGCUGGAAUCUCCCCUUUCUAGGAGCCUGAAGUCCAUUGGUCAGGAGUGCCAGCUGCUGAAGACCUUAGAUGUCUCCAUGUGCAGUAAGAUCAGUAUGUCCGACGUAGAACGCUUCCAGUCGCAGCUGCCCCCUCAAAGCCAGACCAGCAUCCAGUCACGGUUUGUGGGUGGAGCAGACCUUUCCAUCACCCUUUGAGGAACCCUUGUGGGUUGUGAGCCUAGACACCUUGGUUAACCUUUCUCCAUCCCAGCGGGAAGGCAGGAAGUCCUCUUGGACAGCCUGGGUGGCCUCUUGCCCGCAGUCUGAAAAUGAAUUGCACUCUUACAGCCUCAUAAGCCCCAUCAAGGAAGCAAAAACCCGUCUUGGGUCCCACAACUAUUUUCCGGAAGUUAUUGAACCAGGCCAGCAAUUUCGGUAUUCUACAAGCAGAAUGGGAGAUACCUAUUUGCUCCAAGAGUUCGGAACGAGGUAAGUAUCCCAACAAGAACGGCAGGGCAAGUCUCGUUAUUCCUACCAACUUUGAUACAGCCAGACAAUGGGCACUUCUUUGUCCCUUCUAAAGGUUGUGAAUUCCCUCUUACACAAGAAGUGCAUUCUUAGUUGCCAACCCUUCAGGGUCCCUUUGUCAAUUGUAAAGGAAACCUGGAUUUGCAUCCACUUUCAACAUUUGCCCUCCUCACUGAUACCAAAGCAUCCUUCGACUGUUCGGACGCAGCGAGGUGUCCCACUGACUUCUCGGAAACAGGGUGAAAAAGCAAUUUUUUCCAAUAGCAUCCAUCUCGUCUUUCUAAGCCUGGGACUCAGUUUCUGUACCUGCAGAGCUGUGUGUUAGAUAUAAAACAGGGACAUAAAUAAAAAUCUGCCAUCUUAUCCGUG